UCGCUUGGAUUCGCCUUCGCAUACUUGAUCUUGAUUCAAUACAAUCACUUAAGCAGUCAAUAUGCAUAUCCUCUCCACACUCGCAUUCACCCUCCUCCCUCUCCUCCCCCUAACCCAUGCCAUCGGCUCGGCUGUCGUCCAAAACAACUGCACCGACCCCGUCUACCUUUGGUCUGUGGGCGGUUCCAUCGGACCCAGACAAACCAUCGCCCCAGGCUCCAGCUACAGCGAGACCUUCCACCGUGACGCGACGUCCGGUGGCAUCUCUCUGAAGAUCACCAAGACGCCGAAUGGGCUCUUCGACGGCUCGGCGCAGACGAAUUACGCCUAUACUCUGAAUACAGACACCAACACGGUCUUUUAUGACUUGUCGGAUGUCUUUGGAGACCCUUUCUCGGGCAGUGCGCUGAGCGUGGUGCCGAGUGAUUCCGGAUGUGGGAGCAUCUGUUGGGCCAACGGGGUGCCUCCUGCAGGUAGUCAGGUGAAGAGCUGCCAGGCGAAUUCGAAUGAGGUGUUGACUCUUUGUGCGACGAGUUGUUAGUGCUAGGCCUUGAGCUUGGCGUUGGAUUUGAGGUGAUUGGGUUGGCUUGGUUAAUGGCAAGGGGAUGAAUGGGAUAUUUGAUGCUGGAAUUGGGUAUGAGAUUGAUGUUGCUGUUUUGGCUUUGUGGCUUCUGUUGAUAGUACUUUGUUAAUAAUUGUUGAUGUAUGGACGUUACCAAUGAACGUUCCCUGAGGCUGUUGCCAGCUGCUCAAGUGUGUUUAUAAAUGGCCUGAACAGGGCCGAGACUGUACUAAUUCACGCUAUCCAUC